AGAGAGAGAUGUACUCGUCCAGAGACAACUGGGAGAGGUUAGUGACAGCAGUUGUACGGAAACAGCAGAUUUGGGAACUAUUCCACUCUCACUCCAGGACCCCUAGCAUCAGUACUAUAGCUUCAUCAGAUGAUAAUGAUGAUUUCAGUGAACAAUUUCUCGAUAACAGAUGGGCAGCAACUUCAUCAUCUGUAUCUCCACUUCCACUUAAUAACCCGCCAUCUGUCACUCAAGUUAUUGGCAACCCAUAUGGUGAAGCCAUCACCCGAAAGCUAUUUCCCGCUAGUUGGUACAGAGCAAAGGAAACAAAGCAAGAAUAUCAUAUCUUUAAUAUUCCUGGUUAGUCGUCUUCUAAAUGCCUAUUUAAAUUACAUGGUGUGUG